AUGGGUGUCGGCGCCUCAAUGAAGCUUGAUGCCACUAUUGCUGGUAAAGCCAUGAUGAUGAAUGCUGGUGUACUGCGAGCUGGCGCGCAUGCCUCGACAGAUGCGGCGAGCCGGGUGUCGCGAAAGGCUAAUUUGAUUCGACAAUUGCAGGACCGACGAUUCCAAGCCAACCAGGCCGGCCGCGACAUUAAAUGUAUCGAUCAACAGAUCCUGGCACAGAAGACACGUAUCCAGAUUGCCGAAGCAGAGAUCAAGUCCCAGGAGCAGCAGGCGAAAAAUAUGCAAGAGGUCGAAGAAUACCUGCGUACUAAAUACACCUCCCAGCAGCUGUAUGCUUGGAUGGAGGUUUCAGUGCGCCAGUUAUUCUACCAGAGCUAUCUAGCAGCCAUGGACAUGGCAAAGGCGGCCGAGAGAGCGUUUGCUUUUGAAUAUAGCUCUGGGAAAGCCCCCCAGUUCCUAUCCAGUAAUGGGUAUUGGGAUGCCUCUCGAAGUGGCUUGAUGGCUGGUCAACAACUCGCGCUCUCCUUACGACGCAUGGAGGCCUAUCAUAUUAAGACCCCUACACAUGAUUACGAGCUUACGAAGGUGAUCUCGCUUCGACAAAUAGCGCCUAUGGCGCUCCUCUCUCUUCGCAGGAAAGGCUUUGCAGAAUUUCAGCUCCAGGAAGUCCUGUUCGACCAAGACUUCCCUGGCCACUAUUGCCGUCGCAUCAAGACUGUCUCUGUCCUUAUUCCUGGUAUUGUAGGUCCUUAUACAGGGAUAUCCUCGACCCUACGCCUCCUUGAGCAUCGUUAUCGCUUGAAACCAGGCAGUGACUCAUCGUCUGGCUAUUAUGAGACUGAUACGUCCGGAGAUGAUCGUUUCCGAACAGACCGCAUCCCAAUAACUGCCAUCGCACUAAGUAGUAGUGGCCAGCAAGAUACGGGAGUCUUCGAGCUCAACUUUCGAGAUGAGAGGUAUUUGCCGUUCGAAGGAGCGGGCGUUAUCAGCAGAUGGAGGCUAGAACUACCUGCACCAUACCCACAAUUUGAUUACGACACCAUCAGUGAUGUAGUUCUCACUCUCCGCUUCACCUCUCUCGAAGGCGGUGCUGCAUGGAAGAAACAGGCCUCAGAGGCCGUUGUCAAUCAUCAUAAGACCUUGCUAGCAGCCCAAGGUACCGAGGGCGACGAUAAUGGGAAUUUCUUCGUUAUAGACCUGUUGAACGACGUGCGCCAGGAAUGGACGCUAUUCAGUCAGGCAGUCAAAUCCCUUCCAGCUCCUGCUAGGGACGAGACGGAUUUCAAAUUUCGCAUUCGAAAUGUAAAUGAUUUCUUGCCAUUCUGGGCCCGAGGGCAAGAGGUCAAUCUUCGCAAUGUUUGGCUAAAUCUCAAUGUUGAGAAAGAUGGGUGGAAAACAACGAAAUUGCCGACCGUCUUUGGUGUCAGUAUGAAGCUCACCAGUGACUCGAGACCAGACUCUCUCGUUCAACUGGUGCCCAAUUUGGAAAACACUAUGCAGGUGGUCGAGGAUGGCGACAUUAUAUUCCCAGCUACAUGCUUGAAUGGGAAGGUGCCUCGACGAAUGUGGCUCGUGGGCCAGUAUACUGUACAGCCCAAGAGCGGAUUGCGUUGA